AUGCUUGCCAUGCUUGCCGCCCUCGGUGCCGUCGCUUUCGCCCAGCCAGGCCUCGCCGCCCCGGCUGUCGCUCCCAACAACAACAACAACAACAACAAGGCGCGCUACUACUACACGUCGUCCUACGACGACAACACGGUCUACUACUACCAGCAGGCGUGGUUCUGGCCCGUGCUCGUGACUGUCAUCAUCCUCAAGAUCAUCUUCUGGUCCCUCAUCAUCUGGUGCUGCUGCGUCAAGCCCCGCCGCGAGGCCCGCCGCCUGCGCGAGAAGAACAGCGGAAACUACAUCCCCAUCGGCGCGCCAAACCCGUAUGCGAGCGCCCAGCCGGCGUUCCAGGCGUCCGUCACGGCCCCCACCCCAAUCGCGCCCAACCCAUACACGGGCGCGUACAGCUACCAGACCCCAAAGUACUGA